AUGCCUAUCACGCUUCAAGUCGUCGACCAUGAGGCAAAGGCCUGGAGGUGGGCGAAACUUACGGAUGCUUCUAAGCUCCUACAGCGAGCAGCUCCAAAGCAUUACGAUCGAUGCAAAAAGCUCGUACAAGCCUCUUUCGCCCCUGAAGAGUUCAGUCAAGGACAUAUCACCGCAUCAAGCAACGGCUUCUUCUGGACGGCAUACGAGGCCUACAGCUCACAUCAUCACCUAGUUAUUCGCCCAGAGGAUGUGUGGUUUGCCAUCUUGACACAACUCAGCUUCUACAUCAACGCUCAUGCAGAAGACUUGCGCUCCUUCUUUGUCGCCCAUUCAGGCCAGAAGCAUCUUCACCUGGAAGUGGCUGAACUUGAUUUUGCAUAUAUUGCGAACGAGAUGACUCAUCUGAUUGCCAAGAAUGUCGUUGAUCCCGAGCUUCGUGGUUGGGUGAUGCCCUCUUUCUCCACCACUACCGAUAGUGACAAGGUUGUCGGUGCUAUUCUCUUCAUGGGGGCGAUGCAAAAGUAUUUCUCCUACGGCGUCACUACCGCAUGCGGCAUACCCUCUGUCACCUUACUUGGUGAGAUUGACGACUGGAAAGACAUCCUCAACCGCAUCGACAAGAUCGACCAAUUAGGAUCUGAACCAACUCAAUUCGCCAAGAUGCUGCGCCCAAUCCUGAACGGUAUGAUCACCUCUUUUCAAAGCCCCGAUAGCUUUGAAACAAUGGAGUUUUGGAACACUAUUGUGCAUAAGGUCAGCAGGGGUAGUGGCACAGACUAUCUGACAGGGUGGCUCACGGCUUUCGGUUUCUGGGACGAGGAUGGUAAGGCCAAAAGCCUUUCAAAUAAGAUGUUCAGCGACAUAUUGUACCCCACAAUCGACAUUGACAGCGUCCCCGCCGGAUAUGCAUCUGUACCUAUCUCGGUAAAUGAUCUUGGGGACGAAUAUGAGGCAACCAUGGUGGCCGGCUCGGUUGGCACUUCUGCCACAUCGUCGACUUCUGGCAGCAGGGUGACAACCAAUGCACUCGACAGCCAGGACUCACCCCAUCAGUCAGCAGAUGGGCAAGAGCGUGAAUCUAUUGUGCGCGACACCAUUCAACCAGUUUCGGGUUGGUGGGUAUGCAGGAAUGAGGCAGCUGAGGAGACGGAGGCAAGAGAAGCUGAGAAAGCACGACUCCGAGCAGAGAUUGAAAGGGUACCAAAGGAGGACUGGCGCACGCGGUGGGCGUUGCGUGGGCGAUUAGAAGAUCUUGAGGCAUAUUGA